GUUCCUCUGCAAUCAUGCAGCUCAUUCGGCCAAAGGUGGAGCAGAUUCAGCGGAAGUACAAGAGUGACCAGGAGACGCAGAACCGCAUGCUGCUUCGUCUCUACGACGACUGUGGGGUGAACCCUCUGGGAGGGUGCAUUCCGUCCGUCGUCCAGAUUCCUAUCUUCAUCGGCCUUUACCGAUCGAUCCUGAAGUUGGCGGAGAUCAACCCAAAGUUCAAGGAGCCCUUCCUGUGGAUCCCCUCCCUGGCCGGGCCCGUGACGGGCAGCCCAAGCUUGGACCGGGCAUGGGGUUUUGAUGCGUCUCGGGUUCAGGGUUGUCUCUCGAGGGUUCAGUGUUUAGGCUCAAUGUACAAAUCAGAGUUUCGAGCUCUGGGGAACCAGUGUCUUGGGUGUGGAGCUGAUCUUGAUGCCAUGGUGCUUCUUCAAAGUUUGGGUUACGACUGGCGGCUUUGA